UUUUUUUGUUCGGAUUAUUCAACAUUGACAAGAACGGAUACUAACGUUCUGCAGACUAUUCAUUAACACUACGUGUUUAACAACCAUGAAUGAAGACAAUAUUACACAGAUUCAUACCAACAAAACCAUCUUCGCCAAUAAUGCAGCGAAUGAAUUCACCAGAAAGAUGAAAACUUUUGAAGGAAUAUUUAAGUGGAUUUCCUUAAGUAUAUUCGGUGGAAUUUUUAUAUUGAAUAUAACUGUUAUUGGAUUAUUGAUUAAACGAAAGAAAAAAUCAAGAAUGGGGUUCUUUGUCGCUAAUUUAGCAUAUGCGGAUUUGUGUGUCGGACUUUUUCAUGUUUUGCCGGAAACGAUUCAUGUUUGGUUCGAGGUUGAUUGGAAUGAGUUCACCUGUCAUAUAUUUUAUGGAUACCUCGCAACGUUUUCAUUUUAUGUGUCAACAUAUGCUAUAGUUGUACUCUCUAUAGACCGAAUGAACGUGGUAGUGAAACCAUUAUCACCCAUCACUAGAUUAAAGAUAUAUAAAUAUGGAUUAGCACUAUCUAUUUGGAUACUUGGAUCGCUGCUUGCAAUUCAAUAUUCUGUGCAUACGAAAUACUACCCGCCACAAAACUUUGGCGAGGAUGUAUGCCGUCACGAAGUUCCCUACGACCCAGAAAUUCGAUAUUUUGAUGUGUGUGUCCUCAUUAUAAUACCAGUAAUAUUCAUUGUAACUUGUUAUAUAAUGAUUUAUAUGGCGAUCCACAGAAGACAUACGUUCAAAUUUAUGACAACAAACUCAAAUAGCGACGGUAUGCAUGAACGUGUCAAUUUCAACGCCAAGAUGAGGACUGUAAAACAAUUGUUUGUGGUUUCAGUAGUGUACGUGAUAUGCUGGACUCCAUUAUUCUCUGCAUCUCUGCUAGAGUACUACAAAGUGUUAAGAUUUGGAAUAACGUUCAGAGUACUUGUUGGACUAGCACCAUUGAACAGUUUGACAAAUCCAGUUGUUUUUCUCUUAUUUAAUCAUAACAUGUUCUGCAAAGGUCGUAAAUCUUCUAACAAAAAUACCAUUGUUUUGAAAACAAACAGUUCAUCUACUAAUGUUAAAAUAGAUAAUGCUACGAAACUGUGA